AUGUCCUCACCAAGUAAAGAGCCACUCUCUUCUCCAUAUGCCAAAGCGUCGGCGAACGACAAGGAGACUGGGGUAUCAGAGAUUCGUGAAACAUCUCAGCCAUCUCAGGAUGCCCAACUCGAGCCCAAGUCUUCCCCAACCCAGAUAGAACCACGCAUUGCUGAAUUGGUUAAAGCACCAGCAAACGAAGAGUCAAGGGCCUUGGAGGUUCGUGAACUAUCUCAGCCAUCUGAUGGUGCCCGGUCCGGAUCCAACUGCUCCACGACACAAAUAGAGCCACGCGUGGAGGAAUUCAUAAGAGCACAGGCGGACGAACGAGACGAUAGAGCAGCGGAGACCAGUCAACCAUCCGAGUCCAACGGCUCCACGACCCAAGCAGAACCACGCGUUGAGGAAUUUAUAAGAGCGCGGGCGAACGAACAAGAGGUCAUAGCAGCAGAGAUCAGUGAAUCAUCUCACGAUGCUCCCUCUGAGUCCAACGGCUCAACGACCCAGGUAGAACCGCGUGUGGCGGAGUUUGUUAGACAGCAAGCGAUUGGGGUCCCCAAUAUCCCAGUUGAAGAUAUAGCAACUGUUUUCACCAGAGCCGUGCCCGCCGCCCCAGAUGCUCGACUUCUUAUACAUUCCGACUACCCAGAUGGUCAUGAUAUGAGAAUGAAUCCAGCUAUUACUCGUCUCUCAGGGAUCACCCGCGGUAGGGAGAUUCUCGCCGUGGCUCAAAGACUGCAUGAUGUGUACUUUACUGUCCAGUUUUCGGAACCGAUUGAACUCAAUUGUCAGGUCUUCUAUGAUCCUGGAAGUGAUGAUUGCUUUUUUAUCAACCUAUCGCCAGAGCAUAUUGAAGUACAGCUUUGCGGAAUCAGUGACCCUGGCGCUUUGUUUGUGCUCAAGAGCAAAAAAGGGCAAUCAGUCCAACCUGGCAUUUGGAGGAUUGCAGCAAACCAGGGAUUGGACCAUCACCCUCUUUUUGAGUUUUUGCUACUCGAGAAGCCAUUCAAUGUCUCGAUUCACAAAGCAAAUACGCCACUUAUCAAGCGAGCUGCUGAUGCAGAUGUUGGAAAAAUGUCAAAGCGGCAAAGGCUCGAAAACAGAAUGCCAGCCGAAAUCAUUGCCACUCAAUCUACAGAUAGCCUAUUAAGUAAAUCGGGAUCAACAGAAACUGAUCUUGGAUCUACCCGAGAGAUAGUUGACAAGGCUGCCGUUCCACUUCUGGAUCUUGCAGAUCGAGAGACGGCGGUUAUUAAAGUCCACCCCGCUGCUACCGAUUCUGGCACAUAUCGACUCCAGCGAAUCAAACAGUUAGGCGCCACGAGAUCUACAUUAGUAUUUUCCUGUCGACACUCUGGCCUACCUAAGAAGCGCUUAGUCGUGAAAGUCCUUCGAUAUAAUGGCAAUUCACCUUUACAUCUACCCAUUUUCGCAAGACUGUGGGAGACUGAGAAGUCACUACUUCAAGACUUGAAGCAUAGAAAUGUUGUUGCACUUGAGGCUUUUGAUGGCCGCAUGUUUGCGAUCUAUUUGGAACUGCUCCCAUUAUCUCUCUGCCGUGGGCUUUACUCGCCGUUUACACAACCUGAUGCUCAUAUGAUCCUCCUCAACAUGUCAUCCGCCCUUUCGUAUCUAGCUAAUCUAGGAAUAGUCCACAACGACAUCAAGCCGGCCAAUAUUGCGUAUAAUCCCCAAAGAGGUGCUGUUCUUUUCGAUUUUGGAAUGGCUUGCAAAAUCGAAGAGAGGCCGGGAGGCGGGACGCCUUGGUAUCUCCCGCCAGAUAUGAUUGAGAAUAAAAAUCGUGGCUUACCGGGAGAUAUCUGGGCCAUGGGAGUAACGAUGCUAUAUGUUCUUCAAAAGAUUAAAAUGCCUGAGAGAAUGACUAGAGGUUGGAAUCUUCGAGAAUUGGUCCCACCUGUACAGAAAGAGAGCAGUGCCUUUGUUCAAAUGAACGAUUGGUUGAACAUUGUUGCUGAGAAGAGGGCCGAGUUAAACAAAAAAGAUUUGGUUGAGAAUGCAGUGUUUCAAAUGCUCGAUACAGAUGGUGCAUUGAGGGCUGCAGCUGGGGGUAUUGAGGAAGCGCUCAAGGUGCCACUGAAAGCUUACUAG